CCUGUACUGAGGACUCCACAUCUGGACAUGGUGCUCCAGGAUGAAGAGUAUAAAGAGGCCUCUCCUCAGUGCCAACAGGCAGAAGGAUUGAGCAGAAGCUGCUCUUGCAUAAAGGCCCUCCAUUCCAGAGAGGCCACAGCAGAGAACUGAACCCCAUGGGGAAGCCUGCUGGGACAAGGAGCUUGGGAAUGUAAUUGCAUGGAGAGUAUGGAAUAUUUUAAAGUCUAUUAUACAAAAGCAAUUGGGAAUUUGCAUGCAAGAAAGGGAAAGACACAGAGCACAGAGAAGGCUUCAGGCAACUAAAAAAUCACAAAGGAUGGUAAGGGAAGAACAGAGACUGAAGGAAUGGAAAAAAACUUCCCAAAGGCACAGUCUUCAGCAUGAAUUGAAAGAGUAUGGCCUUCCUGCUGCAAUGGAGGACAAGUCAAGCCAGACAUCAGGACAGAGCAAAAAUGUGCAGAGCUCCCUAACACCAGAAGAGCCUCCUGUCAACUUUACGCACAUCAAGUUGGAGGAGAAUGAGCCCACAGACUUCAGGGCUAAGGAUUUUAUCCUGAAAAAAGCCAGAGAGGUCUGCAAAUGCAAUCAUCAAACCAUCAUCACCUUCUUCUGCCAGCUGUUCCCAGUGCUAGACUGGCUUCCCCAUUACAACAUCAAGAUGCAGUUGCUUGGGGAUGUCAUAUCUGGGCUCCUGGUGGGGAUAGUCGCCAUCCCUCAGUCCAUCUCAUACUCCCUGUUAGCCAACCAGGAUCCCAUCUAUGGAAUCUACACAAACUUCUUCUGCAGCAUCAUCUAUGUCGCUAUGGCCACUUCACGCCACAACUUUGUGGGAUCCUUCGGAGUCCUCUGCCUGAUGAUUGGGCAGUCUGUGAAUCGGCACCUCCAGCUAGCAGGGUACGAUGACAACACUGGCUCUCUGCUGGUGGGCAAUGCCACCUCCUCCAGCGAUGGGAUGGGUACCUGUGACAGGAGCUGCUACGCCAUCACUGUGGCCCUUUCCUUGAGCUUUCUGGUCGGUCUUUACCAGAUCCUGCUGGGGGUUUUGCAGUUGGGCUUUCUGUCUGUCUAUCUGUCAGAACCUCUCCUCAGCGGCUUUGUGGCCGGCUCCAGCCUCACCAUCAUCACCUCCCAGAUGAAGUACCUCCUCGGGCUGAAUAUUCCCCGUCACGAAGGGGUGGGGUCCUUCAUCCUGACAUGGGUGGAUCUUUUCAGGUACAUCCAAAACACCAAUAUCUGCGACCUGGUCACCAGCCUGGUUGCUUUGGCCAUCAUAAUACCUGUCAAAAUGAUCAAUGAUCGGUACAAGGACAAGAUGAAGGCCCCAUUCCCUGUAGAGCUGCUCGUGGUCAUCGUAGCCACAGUAGUAUCUUACUGCUUUAACUUUGAAGAGCGAUACAAGUCUUCGGUUUGUGGGGCCAUCCCCACCGGCUUCAGGAAACCCACCCUACCAGAUACAAAGCUGUUUUCCAGCCUGGCAGUCGAUGCUCUGCCCAUUGCUAUUAUAGGCUUUGCUAUGACGGUCUCCCUGGCGGAAAUCUUUGGCAAAAAGCAUGGCUAUGCUGUCCGUGCCAACCAAGAGAUGAUCGCCAUUGGCAUGUGCAACCUGGUCCCAUCUUUCUUCUACUGCUUUGCUAGCUCUGCAGCCUUGACCAAGACUUUGCUGAAGGAGUCCACAGGGACCCAAACGCAGCUCUCUAGCCUGGUCACCUCCCUGGUGCUGCUGCUGGUGUUGCUGUGGAUCGCUCCGCUCUUCUACUCUCUGCAAACUGCCAUCCUGGGGGUGGUCACCAUUGUCAACCUGCGGGGUGGCCUGAGGACAUUUUGUGAAACCCCACGCAUGUGGCAGCUCAGCAAGCUGGACACGGUGGUGUGGUGGAUAACCAUGCUGGCCUCCACGCUGAUCACCACAGAGAUAGGGCUCCUCGUGGGCGUCUGCUUUGCUCUGCUCUGCGUCAUCUUCCGCACGCAGAGACCCAGGGCCGCACUCCUGGGCAAGGUCAGCAAUACGGAAAUCUACGAAGACCAGUCUGCUUACAAGCAGCUCAGCAGUAUUGCCAACAUCAAAAUCUUCCGCUUUGAGUCGUCCCUUUACUAUGCCAACAAAGACUAUUUCAAGACUGCGCUUUACCGGAAAACUGGGGUCAAUCCUGUCCUGCUGGCUGCCAGGCAUCACAGGGCGAAGACCCGGGCAAGAGCAGACUCAGGCAACAGGAAGAGCAUUUUUAGCACUCUGGUUGGUUGCCUGAAACCUUCCAAGAAACACGUGGAGAAGUCACCCACAAGCGUCUGCCUGCCAUCCCUAGAUAUGCACACCCUAAUCAUUGACUGCGGGGCUAUGCAGUUCAUAGAUACCGUGGGUCUCUCCGUGCUGAAAGAGACGCGCAGUGACUACCAGGAGCUCGGUGUCCAGGUGCUCCUGGCCAACUGCAACCCCCUCCUCCGCCGCCGGCUGCGGGAUGGAGGCUGGGCUGCUGAGGCACACGGCGGCCAGCCGGCUUUCCACAGCGUGCACCACGCGGUGCAGUUUGCACAGCAGUGGUACCACGAGCAGCAGCAGGAGAGCAGAGAGAGAAGGGAUGCUGCCCCUGAUCCUGAGGACCUGAGCGUCCAAGCGUCUCUGUAGAGCUGCACGUGAGGAAUGAUUUCUGAUGAGCUGGGCUUCACCGCAAUUUUAGGGUGGGUUUUUUUGUUUGUUUGUUUGUUGUUUUUUGUCUUUUUUUUUUUUUUUUUUGCAAGCAGAGCACUGAAAAAGACCUGUUAGCAGCAAGCACGGAGUAAACGGACAGGGGAAGCGCGGAUUUCAAGGCCAAUAAUCUGAGAGGCAUUUCAAGGUCAGCCGCGUCGGUAAAAAGCCUGGGUGGCUUCCCCUCUGCGGAAAGGACUUGCCAGCGACAGGCGGCACACAGCCGUGCGGAGCCACCGCUGCUGCGGUUCCGGACUCUCGUGGGCGCUGGGGGGCGCGAGUGAGCCGCGCCGGCACCGCGGCGGGGAGCGGGGAUGGGC